UACUCGGAUAUAAUUGUGAUGAGGCACUUUGAAAGUGGUGCUGCUCAAAGAGCAGCAGCCACUGCCAGUAUUCCUGUUAUUAAUGCAGGGGAUGGUCCAGGACAGCAUCCAACUCAA